UCCUACAAAAACAAUAGAGACUAAUAUUUCAAUAACAACCAAGAAAAACAAAAUCUAUUAAAUAAUUUAAUAUCAUGGUUGUCUUGUUGUAUGGACCAGUCUAUUCCAAGACUUAGUCAUCCUAACCCACCUAAUUCCAAAGAAAUUUCCCUCUGGAAAUAAAGAAAAAGAAACCUUACCUCAGUUUUCUUUUCUUUAUAUAAAACCAAGACUUGGACAAAUUCAAUUCACUUCUCAUCUGCCUUUUUUACUUCCUCUUUCUUCUUCAGUUCUUCCUCAUCUUCUUAUUCAUCGUUAAGGCAAUGAAAAACACAGAGGAGAACACCAUGAUCAAUAUUUCUCUGUCUUAUACAAUCAUAUGUGCGUUCUUUGUGAUCCCCACGUGUGUUUUAUCAGUUGAUGAGCGUCACAAACACUGUUCUCCUUUGUUUAAAUGCGGCAAUCAUACAGAGCUCUAUUAUCCAUUUUGGACAGCUGAUAAACAAGAGUGCGGUCACCCGGAUUUCAAGGUCAACUGCAGCGGAGAUCUCGCAGAGUUUAGUAUAUCUUCGGUUAAGUUCCAAAUCCUUGAGAUGAACUAUGAGUCUCGUAUAAUAAGACUUGCCCGAAAGGAUUAUCUCAACAAUCUUUGUCCCGAGGACUCUGGGAGCGCACCAAUCAACCAAGAUGUUCUUCCAUUUUAUAAAGACACUGAAUUGCUAACUCUCUUGUACGACUGCCCUGUUCCAAGUGUAGAUUAUCUUCCUGGUGAUCACAUUGGUCAGCUGCCGUGUGGGGAUGAUACUGAUGAGAAAAUUUACUUUAUGAGAAAAGAGAUCUCAUCUUCACAGGAGUUGGUUGGAGCAAACGAGUUUAGGUCAUCCUGCAAAAAGACCAUCGAAAUUCCAGUUUCUCGAUCUGAUCUGAAAACAGCAGAGAUAACUCAGAGUCCGGAGACUGUAAAGAAGGCUCUUGGUAAGGGUUUCGAGGUUAGAUUCAACAAUGAUUGUUCCCGUUGCGUAAACUCAAAGGGUUCUUGUGGAUAUAAUCAGCACUCGAGAGAAUUCGUUUGCUAUUGUAUAAAUGAGCCACACAAGCAUACCUGUGGAAAGGGUCUCUCCAAAAAUGCGAAAAUAGGCAUUGGAUUUGCUUGUGGAUUCUUGGGUGCCAUUCUUAUCGUCGGAUGUUUGCUCUGCAUCUUCAUCCGGAGAAGGAAGAAACGGGCAGAUCAGUACACAAACAAAGGCAUAUCAACAGGAACGUCUUAUUCGAGCAAUACAAUGUCAAACACACCAACUUCCACAACAAUAUCCGGCAGCAACCACUCCCUUGUGCCCUCAAUGUCCAACCUUGCAAACAGCGUCUACUUUGGAGUUCAAGUCUUCAGCUACGAAGAACUCGAAGAAGCCACUGAAAAUUUCUCAAAAGAGCUUGGAGAUGGAGGCUUCGGUACUGUCUACUACGGUACACUAAAAGACGGACGAGCUGUAGCAGUAAAACGACUCUUCGAAAGAUCACUAAAACGCGUUGAGCAAUUCAAGAACGAAAUCGAGAUCUUGAAGUCCUUAAAACACCCAAACCUGGUCAUCCUAUACGGAUGCACAACAAGACACAGCAGAGAGCUACUCCUAGUCUACGAAUACAUCUCCAAUGGCACACUAGCUGAACAUCUCCAUGGAAACCAAGCACAAUCUCGUCCUCUUCUCUGGCCUACUCGACUCCAAAUCGCCAUUGAAACCGCAAGCGCGUUGUCCUUUCUCCACACGAAAGGAAUCAUACACAGAGACGUCAAGACUACUAACAUUCUUCUAGAUAGCAAUUACGAAGUGAAAGUCGCUGAUUUCGGACUCUCACGUCUUUUUCCGACGGAUCAAACUCACAUCUCCACCGCACCACAAGGAACUCCAGGAUAUGUAGAUCCUGAGUACUACCAAUGUUACCGUCUCAACGAAAAGAGCGAUGUAUACAGCUUCGGAGUCGUACUCACCGAACUGAUCUCAUCAAAAGAAGCUGUAGACAUCACACGACACCGCCACGAUAUUAACCUAGCGAACAUGGCGAUUUCGAAAAUCCGAAACGACGCCGUUCACGAGCUCGCGGAUCUAUCACUCGGAUUCGAGAGAGAUGCUUCGGUGAAGAAUGCGAUGACGUCGGUUGCUGAAUUAGCGUUCCGGUGUUUGCAGCAGGAGAGAGAGGUGAGGCCAUCGAUGGAUGAGAUCGUUGAGGUUUUGAAAGGGAUUCAGAAGGAAGGGAUACGAGAUUCGAAAGAUGUUGUGGUUGAGAUUGAUGUGAACGGUGGUGGUGAUGAAGUUGGAUUGUUGAAGCACGGUGUUGUUCCUCCGCCGCUAUCGCCCGAGACUGAUAAAAUGACCGCAAGUAGUUCGAAUACGACGGCGAGUUCGUUUUGAAGAGAGUAGGAACUAGGAAAAGACUCUGGACCUAGGGGAAGGUUCGUUUUGUCUGUAAAUAAAAAAGAUAUAUAUAUUGUUAAAAUUUCACAUUUUGAAUUUGACCUUUGACUUUUUUU